AUGCCAUACUCCAAUCCAUCUCCUCUCCCAUUCCAUUUCAAUCGUCUCCAAGAGAAAGUAAUUCUCGUCAUCGGAGCAAGCUCUGGCAUCGGGGAAGCUGGCGCACGACUAUUCGCCAAAGAGGGCGCAACCGUCGUGCUCGCAGCCCGACGUCUCGACAAACUCGGAGCAAUCACCAAAGACAUCACAUCCUCCGGCGGCAAAGCCGCCGCUGUGACCUGUGACAUACUCAAAGAAGAAGACGUCCAAAAUGCCGUCACCUUCACAAUCUCAACAUUCGGCCGCAUCGACAGCGCCUUCAACAACGCCGGCAUCGCAGGCGGACGCGGUCCUAUCCACACUCUCUCUAUGACUGACUACGACCGCAUCUUCGACGUCAACCUCCGCGGCAUCUUCAUGUGCAUGAAAUACGAAAUUAGCGCUAUGCUCGAGUCCGGCGGCGGGACCAUUGUCAACGUCUCUUCCGGCGCUGGUCUCAGUGCGUCUCCUGGCAACUCGAUUUACUCGGCUAGUAAAUUCGGACUAGGUGCACUUACUAGGACGGCUGGACUGGAUUAUGCGAAGAAGGGGAUUAGGGUUAAUGCGAUUGCGCCUGGUCCGACAUGGACGGAGGCGUUUGAGCAGAUGUGUCCAACUGAGGAGGCGAAGGAGAGGAUGGCGGGGAUGUUUCCUAUGAAUUAUGUGGCGGAUGCGGAGGAUAUGGCGAGGGCGGCGGUGUUUUUGUUGAGUGAGGAGUCGAGGUGGACGACGGGGAUUACUUUGCCUUGUGAGGGAGGGAAGAGUUUGGGGUAG